UAAUUUUUGUAGCGAUAUGGAAAAAUCAUUAAUAUCUAUUGGAUUAUUACUUAUAAUAGGAGCAGGAUUAUAUUUGAGAAAUAAUGGAUGGGAAGUAGAUGAAAUAGAGAAAGUUAAUGUAUUUAAUGAUUGGAAGAUGAGAUAUAAUAAAAAGUUUAGUAGUGAAUAAGAAGAGAUGUAUAUUGAUAAAUAAAACAGUAUAGGUAUCGUUAUUAGGUAUUUAAUAAGAACCUUGAUUUAAUAGAGUCUCAUAAUAAUGAUAAAUCUGGUAAGUAUACUUAUACUUUGGAGGCAAAUUAAUUUGCAGAUUUGAGUGAAUAAGAGUUUAUAGAAAGAUAUUUAAAUUUAAAAGCUAAGAUUAAGAAUAUAUCUAAAUCAUAUGAUUAUAUUCCAAAUGGAUAAGCAAGAGAUUGGGUAGAAGAAGGAAAGGUACCUCCAAUAAAAGAUUAAGGAACAUAAUGUGGUUCAUCUUGGGCAUUUUCAGCAGUUGGUGUAUUAGAAAUAAAUGGAAAUAUAAAUUUUGGAUUAUAAACUUCACUUUCAGAAUAGGAUUUGUUAGAUUGUUCUGGUCCAUAUGGAAAUUAUGGAUGUAGUGGUGGAUGGAUGGAUUCAGGAUUUGAAUACGUCAUUGAUCAUGGUAUUGCCAGUGCUUCAGAUUAUCCAUAUUAAGGAAAAGAUUAAACAUGCAAAACUUCAGUCAAAAGAGAUUUUAAAUAUGUUACAGGAUUUCGUGAUGUUGAUGGUUGUUAAGAACUUUAAACUCUUAUUCUUGAUUAAUCUAUAUCUAUUGGAGUUGAUGCUACUAAUUGGUCUUUUUAUAGUAAUAUAUUAUGUUAUUACUUUUUAUAGAGGAAGGAAUAUUAAAUAAUUGUAAACAGAACUUAACAUCUGCAUCCAUUUUAGUUGGUAUUGAUUAAAAUGGAGUUUGGAAAGUUAGACAUUAAUGGGGAUCUAAGUGGGGUGAAAAUGGUUAUAUUAGAUUAGCACCUGGAAAUACAUGUGGAAUUUGUGCAGCUGCUUCAUAUCCUAUUUUAUAAAAAAUAUGA